AUGGACUCCGCCGUCGCCAACAUCCGCCGCCGCUUUGAGGCGGACGGGCACGCCACCUCACCGCUGAUUAAUCCCAUCGACGUGGAGCGGGUGCGCACUGAGGACUGGCAGAUUCGCCGCUACCUGGUGGACCUGGACGGCAACGCCGAGGAGGCGUACAAGGCGCUGGUGCGGACGCUGCAGUGGAAGGAACGCCACCACGUGCACUCCCUCAAGGACACCGACUUUCCCACGGAGUUCUACGCCCUGUACAAGGUGGAGUCGUACGGGACGGACAAGGACGGCUACGCCAUCCUCGCCGAGUCGUACCGCCACCAGCGCCACUGGGAGGAGAUCAACCAGGUCUUCGUGGACCUGGUCACUGCCCACAUCGAGAAGAUGGACCGCAUCGUCGGGGAGAAGGGCAUGAACUACAUGGCCGACUUUAGCGACACGCCGGUGACCAAGUUGGACUUCAGUCUGGCGACCUACCGCGUCAAUAUCCUCAACAAGCACUAUCCGAUGCUGGCGCGGCGCAUUAUGCUGCACAAUGUGCCGAAGAUGGUGAAGCCGGCGAUGAAGCUGGUGGUCGCCUUCAUGAAGCCGUCAAUUCGAGACACGGUGGUCUACACGACGGACGACGAUGUGACCGCCUUCAUUUCGCCCGACAUUCUGCACUCGGAUUUUAAGGGAAAGCGGACGGAGCGACACUACCCAGUGACGGAAAGCAUGCGCGGACCGGCCUUUGCCGCCAAGUGGAAGGUGGAGCCGAAGUUUAUUGACAGCUUCUUCAAGUACAAUAAUUUGGUUUAG